AUGAAGAAGUUCUUGCUCGAACGAGGUCUCCGGCCACAUUCAGAUUUCGCCAAAGCCGUUGGGAUCGAGACGCCCGCCACUCUGGACGAAUUUUUCCUCAAGGCCCAUGCGUAUAUACAAUAUGAGGAAAAAGAGGCCGCUCACGCGGUCCGCAACUCCAGACAGGAAGAAAAUACCAAAGGCGCCCGUCAAGACGAUUCUCGCCGGGGAUCUGACAAGAAGAAAGAAGACAAAGGUCGAGAUCCUAAGGACUACAAAGCCCCGGCAGGAAAAUUCCGGGAAUACACCCCACUGAAUGCAUUCAGGGAACGCAUCUUGAACGAAUGCGUGAACGCCGAAUUCCAAACUGGAAAAGUCCGUUUCCCAAAGUCCAUGCCUGCACGGCCAAACGUGGACAAAUCGAAGUUCUGCCAUUUCCACAAAGGCCACGGGCAUAACACGGAAGACUGCAUCCACCUAAAGGACGCGAUAGAAAUAUUGAUCCGAGAAGGACACCUGAAGCAGUACACAAAGAAACAAGAGGCUGCCAAGGACGCCAAACCAGUCGUCGAGGAAAAGCCAGCGGAAGACACGCCCGCCAUGCAAGUAGCCAUGAGUAUCACCAGACCGGAGGAUUUUUACCUCCCCGACUGGGCUAAAAUAUCUUCCACCCCCCCUCCUCACAGCCCGUGGGAAUUCUUCCAUUCCGCCAUGGUCAUCUCCGGAGGAGGAUUCAGCAAACUUACCAUCAGAUCCGUAAAACGGAAGUUCGAUGAGCUUAUUUCAGCGAAUUCGAGCAAAGCCGCUACUCUCGACCUCGCCAAAGACGGCUCCUCCCCCAUGGCGUUCUACCGGGAAGAACUUACGGGCGGCGCACCCAACGCAACCAUCCCUCUCCUCAUCAGGGCUCGAAUGGCCAACUUUGACGUACAUCGCAUUUUGGUCGAUCAAGGGAUCUCAGUGGAUAUUAUGUACUCCCAACUAUUCGAAACAUUGCAACUGAACGAUAGCCACCUCACCCCCUACGUAGGCUCCAACCUACAAGGUUUCAAUGGCACUAUGACGAAACCGUGGGGAUUCGUCGAGAUUAUGUUCUCGGUUGGAUCGGCAGAGACCGCGAGGGCCGUCAAAGUCCAUUUCUUAGUCAACGAUUGCCCCUCGAUCUACCAAUGCAUCUUGGGACGCCCAACGCUGGCCGAACUGAUCGUCGUCCCCUCGAUCGUGCAUCUCAAACUCAAAUAUUACACAACUAAAGGGCAAGUCGCCAUGCUCCACGGAGACAUCGAAGUGGCCAGGAGAUGUUUCGAGGCCUCCGCCAAAGGCCUCAAUUCAAUAAAGGCAUCCGCUCAAGACAAAGCAGCAACCAACGCAGGUUCCGAGCCCAACAAGUCAAUGCCGCGCAUCGACACCAUCGACCUAGACAGCUGCUUCCAUAAGGAAUCUGAGGGGAAAGUAGAUAUGAAGACAUCAGAAGAGGAUCUCUGA